AUGUGCCGCAGGAGGCUUGAGCAGUACUUCCGGCUGUGGCUGUACUGUACUUCCUCCUUCUUUGAGGAUUCCAGCAUGCUGAGCCCUGAUGGCCUUCCCUUGCCCUGCCUGGGUCCCUCCCGCCCCUCCCUUCAGGGCUGUUUUGAGCACGGCUUUAUUGGGUACUCCCCAGAACUGCUAGAGAGCAACAUUCUGCCAGAGUACAGCCCCGGGGAGUCUUUCUUCACUGUGUUUGGGGUGUUCUUCCCGGCAGCUACAGGCGUCAUGGCUGGCUUCAACAUGGGAGGAGACCUGAGGGAGCCUGCUACCAGCAUACCUCUAGGCUCCCUAGCAGCUGUUGGCAUCUCGUGGUUUCUGUACAUCGUCUUUGCCUUCCUGCUUGGUGCCAUCUGUACCCGAGAGGCCCUCCACUCUGACUUCCUGAUAGCUGAAAAGGUGUCUCUGGUUGGCUUCCUCUUCCUGUUGGGCUUGUACAUCUCAUCCUUGGCUUCCUGUAUGGGGGGACUCUAUGGAGCCCCCCGGAUCCUGCAGUGCAUCGCCCAGGAGAAAGUGGUUCCUGUACUGGCCUUUCUGGGGCAAGGGAAAGGGCCAAAUAAAACACCGGUAGCAGCCAUCUGCCUGACCAGCUUGGUGACCAUGGCCUUUGUCCUUGUGGGUCAGGUGAAUGUUCUGGCGCCAGUUGUCACCAUCAACUUCAUGCUGACCUACAUCGCGGUGGACUAUUCCUUCUUCGCCCUCUCCAUGACUCCCUGCAGUCUCCCCCAGUCUCCUGAAGCGGUGCCCAGAGAAGGUCCAGAUGCUCUGCCCUGCUCUGAGCACCUGCUCCAGGACAGGGCUCCCAGCUACGGCUCCGGCACCCCUGCUGGGAGCCUCUCCGAGGGUACCCUGCUAGAGUUCACCAAGGACAUGGAUCAGCUGCUCCAGCCCACAGAGAGGCAUGACAGUUGUCAGCUUGGGUCAAGACAGGGAAACUGGGUCCCGAAGAGGCAGAAGGGGAAAAGCAAGAAAGCCGCCAAGCGAACCCUGCGAGAUAGCUUCCUCUUGGACUUGGGGUCUCUGUCCUUUCCUGCAGGAGCCUCUGGCGGGUUGCCUGCUGCCUCCUGGGAGGAGCAGGAGUCCCAUCACAACCAGCAGGCUUCUAGGAGUGAAUCACAUGACCAACUUGUCCCAGAUCCGUGCAACCAGCCUAGAGGGAAUGGAGAAGAUUUCUUUAUGAAAUGCCGACUUCAGGAGCAAGAGGUCCAGAGGAGACCAAGUGCUUCCUAUACUUGCAUGUGUAACCCAUGGGUCUCCCUGUUUGGGGCCAUUGCAUCCCUUCUCAUCAUGUUUGUGAUUCAGUGGGUCUAUACCCUACUUAGCAUGGGUGUUGCUGUCAUUGUGUAUUUCUACAUUGGCCAGUCCAGUCCAAGUCUUUACCUAGGAUCAGCCUCAAACUUCAGCUUUUUCCGAUGGAUGAAGUCCCUCCUGACGCCUCCUGCAGGUCGGAGCCUGAGGUCCAACCGGGAGCAGAUCGUCUUGGCACCAUCCCCAGCCAAGGUUGACAUGGCAAUGACUCAGCUUACCCAGGAGAACACAGACUUUGCCACCCGAGAUCGCUAUCACCAUUCCUCCCUCGACCUACUUUUCACAGACCUACUGUGUGGCCAAGGAGCUGCGAAAGUGGCCCCACCUCCUACCCGAUUCCAUUCCUCUAAAAUCCAAAGCGAUGCUCCAGGGCGUGGGCCCAUAACAAAAGUUGUGCAGGGGCUCCAUGAGCUCACCCGGGGGUUCCGUGCGCUCACCCGGGGGACCCAGGCCGCCCCCGCCCUCUUCCUGCCCUCUCCCCGCCCCCGGGCCCCCGCGCGGGCGGGUGAUGUCAACCGAGGAGGAGCCGCCCGCCCCGCGACCCGCCCGAGUUGA